AUGAAUCCGGAAUCAACAACCCUAACGGCCGUCAGUCAUCAACGGCCAUAUCGACAUCCAAAUCAUUCCAGUCGGCAUUUACAACAAUUGGGAAUCGGGAGAUCUGUCGAAAGACAGCAAUCAUUUAUUCCAGGUUCUCAUCAUAAAUUAUUGAAAUCGUCAGAAAUUCCACGCAAAUCGACAACGAAACAAUCCGUGAUGGAUCAGACUAAACAAACUUCAUCAUCGUUUCAACGUCGCAGUGAGUCUAGAAAAGUUAUUUAG